AUGGUCUCGUCUCAAUUUUCAAAAUUGAACGGGGCCAACUUGCUAAAAUCUUUCCAAAACCAUGUUCUUCUUUCGGCUGAGGCCCCUGAUGGUACACAACUUGAGCACGUCGACUUGGAUUUCUCAGACGUGUUUGGUCCGUUGCCGACUUUACCUCAGAUAUCUGAAGAUUCAACGGAUGUCGUUUCAUUUAAUGAUGCACAUGAUUUGAUUUAUGAUGUACCAGCCGUAAUAUACACACGUUCACACUCAUAUGUCGGUCCUUCGAGUGUGAACCAAUUGGCCAAGCUUACACUGCGGGAGAAAGCAGAUUUAGUCCAAGAGAAUGUUUCUGAAUAUUUGUCUGAGAAAAUUAUUUUGGAUAAAUAUAAUAUUAAGGUCGAGGGUGGCUUGGAGAACACAAUUGGGCUCGAGGAUUUUGAGUUUUUAAAGCUUGUGGGACAAGGUGCAUUUGGUAAAGUAUACCAAGUGAGAAAAACUGGUUCAUCCGAGAUAUUCGCGAUGAAGGUUAUGAGGAAAGAUAAAAUUAUGGAGAAAAAUCAUGCAGAGUACAUGAAGGCAGAGAGGGAUAUAUUGACGAAGAUCAACCAUCCUUUCAUUGUGCAGCUUAGAUACUCUUUUCAGACAAAAUAUAGAUUGUACCUCGUGCUUGAUUUUGUUAAUGGUGGUCAUCUUUUCUUUCAACUGUAUCAUCAUCAUGGCCUGUUCAGAGAGGAGUUGGCUCGUAUAUAUGCUGCUGAGAUUGUUUCUGCUGUUUCUCAUCUCCAUGCUCAUGGCAUUAUGCAUAGGGAUUUGAAACCUGAGAAUAUUCUGCUUGAUGCAGAGGGGCAUGCAAUGCUAACGGAUUUUGGUCUUGCAAAGCAAUUUGAUGAGGAAACUAAGUCUAACUCAAUGUGUGGAACUCUUGAGUACAUGGCUCCUGAAAUUAUUCUUGGAAAAGGCCAUGACAAGGCGGCAGAUUGGUGGAGUGUGGGGAUUCUUUUAUACGAGAUGUUGACAGGAAAGCCUCCAUUUGUUGGGGGAAAUCGUCAGAAAAUCCAGCAGAAGAUACUCAAGAACAAAAUCAAGCUGCCAACAUUUUUGUCUAGUGAUGCACAUUUUCUGAUUAAAGGGCUUCUCCAGAAGGAGGCAAACAAACGCCUCGGAAGUGGUCCAAGAGGCUCUGAGGAAUUAAAGGGCCACAAGUGGUUCAAGUCGGUCAACUGGAAGAAACUUGAGGCCCGUGAAAUUUGCCCGAGCUUUCUUCCUCAAGUAGCGAGCCAACUGUGUGUGGCCAACUUUGACGAGCGGUGGACUAAAACGCCAUUGCUCGACUCGCCGGCCUGUAGCCCGGAUGGUGAUAACCUCUUUAAAGGGUUCAGUUACGUGAGGCCCGUCUCUCGGUUUCUGCAAGAGAGUUGA